GAUAAAGAGGAAGUUGUUUUGUGGAUGAAUACAGUAGGACCCUACCACAAUCGCCAAGAAACGUACAAAUACUUCUCUCUCCCUUUCUGUGUGGGAUCAAAAAAAAGCAUCAGCCAUUACCAUGAAACCCUAGGAGAAGCACUUCAAGGAGUUGAAUUGGAAUUUAGUGGUCUUGACAUCAAAUUUAAAGACGAUGUAAUGCAGACUACCUACUGUGAAAUUGACUUGGACAAAGGCAGAAGAGAUGCGUUUGUGUAUGCUAUCAAGAAUCACUAUUGGUACCAGAUGUAUAUUGAUGACUUGCCAAUAUGGGGUAUUGUUGGAGAAGCAGAUGAAAAUGGAGAAGAUUAUUACCUUUGGACUUAUAAAAAACUUGAAAUAGGUUACAAUGGAAAUAGAAUUGUAGAUGUCAAUCUGACCAGUGAAGGAAAGGUGAAAUUGGUACCAAACACAAAAAUCCAGAUGUCAUAUUCAGUGAAAUGGAAGAAAUCAGAUGUGAAGUUUGAAGACCGAUUUGACAAGUACCUUGACCCAUCUUUCUUUCAGCACAGAAUUCACUGGUUUUCAAUUUUCAAUUCUUUUAUGAUGGUGAUCUUUCUGGUUGGCCUAGUGUCUAUGAUAUUAAUGAGAACUUUGCGAAAAGAUUAUGCAAGAUACAGCAAGGAGGAAGAAAUGGAUGAUAUGGACAGAGAUCUAGGAGACGAGUAUGGGUGGAAGCAGGUCCAUGGAGAUGUUUUUAGACCAUCCAGUCAUCCUCUGAUAUUUUCAUCGCUUAUUGGUUCUGGUUGUCAAAUUUUUGCUGUGUCUCUGAUAGUCAUUGUUGUUGCAAUGAUAGAAGAUUUGUACACAGAGAGAGGAUCAAUGCUUAGUACAGCUAUAUUUGUUUAUGCUGCAACAUCGCCUGUGAAUGGAUAUUUUGGAGGAAGCCUUUAUGCUAGACAAGGAGGAAGGCGAUGGAUAAAGCAGAUGUUCAUUGGAGCCUUCCUUAUUCCAGCAAUGGUGUGUGGAACUGCCUUCUUCAUUAACUUCAUUGCCAUCUAUUAUCAUGCUUCAAGAGCUAUACCCUUUGGAACCAUG